CAAUAUCUAAGUUCAUGAAUGUAGUGAUAGCUUAUUUCUAAUUGCAAAUUUGAACAUGCUUACAAGACAGGUUCGGAAAAACUUACACAAGAGGAUAUGAAUCAACUCAUGGCAUGAUUGAAUAAAUGAUUUUUUUCUAACCAUGUUCAACUCCCCGGUUCAACUUUAGUGCGGCAAAAUUAUCAUGCCGGACUCGUUGUCCAUCGAUUUUUCAUAGUCAAACCUUGUUAUUGUUUUGCCGGCUAUUUAUUGUCCCAACUACCCCACAAGAUGGAGGCUAGAAUUGAUAGAUACGCCGUUUUGCAAAACUCACCUACAAUAUGUCUUCGAAUAACCCUCCAGCGACUCCAGGGAAUCAAUGCCUAGAGCAAAGUGAGGAAGUACGAAAUUUACUAAGUGCUGUCCAAGAGCGCCUCAUAGCCUUUAUCCGAUCUGCAGAUCAAGAUGACUUUAGCUCUGCAAAAGUUGAGGACGCCCCAACACACAGGUCGGCAUUGGUUCAGCCCAUGAAACCAGACGAGCUGCAAGCCGCUCUGAAUCUCGAAAUUCCUUCUUCCGGCCAAGGUCAGGACGGCCUCCUUCGAAUACUCGACCAGCUGCUACAGUACUCGGUAAACACAUGGCACCAAGGGUUUAUGGACAAACUGUAUGCAUCCACCAAUGCUCCGGGUCUCGCAGCCGAAUUGAUUAUCGCUUCGCUGAAUACAAAUGUUCAUGUAUAUCCAGUGUCCCCUGCACUUACAGUUAUUGAAAAGUAUACUGCAAAGCAACUGGCAGCACUUUUUGGUUUGAAUGGGCCUCGGGCCGGAGGCAUAUCGGCUCAGGGAGGCUCAGCUUCCAAUACCACCUCCAUAGUCAUCGCUCGAAAUGUCCUUUUCCCAGAGACCAAGAAGAACGGCAAUUACGGAUACAGAUUUGUUUUAUUUUCUAGUGCACACGGGCAUUAUUCUGUAGAAAAGGCAGCGCAGAUGCUCGGGUUUGGAAGUAAUGCUGUUUGGAACGUGCCAGUCGACCGAAAAGGCCAAAUGAUCCCCCAAUCUCUAGAGGAUCUGAUUGUCAAAGCAAAGAGCGAGGGCAUGACACCGUUCUACGUUAAUGCCACUGCUGGGACGACAGUUCUCGGAUCAUUUGAUCCCUUGGAGCAAAUUGCGACCAUUUGUCGGAACCACAACCUUUGGUUUCAUGUUGACGCUUCCUGGGGAGGCUCAUUUGCAUUCUCUAGAAAGCAAAGAGCAAAACUUGCCGGCGCACAUCUGGCAGACAGCAUCACGGUUAACCCGCACAAAAUGCUAGGUGUACCAGUGACUUGCUCAUUCCUAGUGGGUGCAGAUAUGACCAAAUUCCACCGUGCAAAUACUCUACCAGCGGGUUAUCUGUUCCAUAACGAUUAUUCAGCCGCCGACGUGAAUGGCAAUGCAACUAUACCCAAACUGGAGUGCGAGCCUCCCGAAGUCUGGGAUCUGGCUGAUUUGACAUUGCAGUGUGGCCGCCGAGCCGACUCACUAAAGCUCUUUUUGAGUUGGACUUACUAUGGCUCGGAGGGGUAUGAACGUCAAAUUGAUUCCGCCUGUAAUCUGGCCGCUUACCUUGCAGCUGCCGUGUCUGAUUGCCCAAACUUGCUCCUCAUCAGCGAGAACCCACCCCCCUGUCUCCAGGUUUGUUUCUACUAUGCUCCUAACAAACAACCCGUCUUCCGCCGUGGCCAGGAAAUUGAGGGUAAACAAAUUGACGAGGAAGAACGAAGCAAGCGAAACAGCAAAAUAACCGAAGAAGUAGUGCAAAAGCUAGUCCGUCGCGGGUUUAUGGUUGACUUCGCGCCACCAGCUGGAGACCAUCCGCUAGCUGGCGAUGGGAAAUUCCUCAGGUGUGUGCUAAAUUUACAGACAAAGAAAGAAACAGUUCAUGCCUUGUUGGAUGCUGUUUUGGCCGUUGGGUCAGAGGUUGUUGGACAAUGUGAGCGUGAGAAUGCAAUCAAUGUCCCGGAAACCUUUGCAGGAGCGAAGCCAUUCCGUAUGGGAAAUCAAGGAGAGCGUGGACAUGGGCCGGUCGUUCAUCAUUGAAACCCCAUUCACGCGGAUAUUUCCCCCCUAUUCUACUCUGACAUGGAAAAUUGUGUGUUAUGGAUGGUGGAUACAGAAUAGACGUUUGUUGAUUGGAUGAAGGAGGCGCCGUCAUGACUCGACUAUCCUUUCAUCUUGGAAUUACACCUGGAUUAUGAUGUACAUACAUGUACCAUACAUACCUAUAGAGAAAAAAAAAGAUAAAAUCUAUCUUAUUUUAUUGAUAUGAUAUCUGCCUCUGUGGGCUGAGCAUGGAGCCUUGAGCUAUUACAAGUCCUUUAUAUCAACAUUGAAUGACAUCUCGUGCUAGGAUGCUGCUAUCAAAUUCAAUUUCGGGUAUCGAGUACAGAAGUGUGAGCUAAUACAUUGGGUAGGAAUUAAUGUUUAGAUCGAAGGAGCGAAGUAAAUUUGGAGAUGCACGAAAGCCGCUCAUGAGAUAUGUUUCCCUUAAACAGGAUAUGGAGGCAACUUCAGGGGUGAUCAUCUCAACAUCGUACUUCUACUCUCCGCUCCAACACUGCCCUCGCCUCCGCCUCCGUCAAAGUUUCAAUGUUCAAUUCGGCCAACAAUGAUCUCGCACUUUCGUUACUCGCAAAAAUUCUCUUUUCAGCCUCCCACAGUGAUAGAUUAGGUGUUUUAUCCCCAGCACCAGUAGAGGCACCGUGAUCUUUCUGUGUAGGCUUAAUUUUUAAAUUGAGAAGUAGCAAACCGUCUUCGAGUUUCCGCAUCACGUUUCUGGACCCCAUUCCGUCCUCUGUCGCAACAUCAACGACUUUGCAGAUAUUAUCGACAUCAGCAGCAAAUUGGGAUGCACCAGUUGUCGAAAAGGUAUUUCUCAUUAAUACGUUGUCCCAUAUAUAUGACUGUAUGGAGAGAAGGAGUUGGCGAGUGAUUCGCUGUAGUGGAGCCAUCGCUAGUAGCCGAUGGAGGAACGAGAUCUCGGUAGGGAGCUCUCUAAGUAUUGUGGCCAAUUCGAUAGAUGGAUGUGAGAACUGGCCGCUGGGAUUCGUUGGAGGUGAAAGUGAAGACCAAGUCGAUAUCCGAGUGUAUCCUCGAAGCGCUGACUGGGCACUUGAUAUCAAAACCGAGAUUAUGAUUGACUCUGAUCUCGUUUUUAGCCCGCGAUAAGCGGAUGCCGUUUCGUCAAAAAGAGCCCCUUCAGUUGGGUUUCCCCCGUCUUCAUUGUGGUUCGCCACAGCGGACGAAGUCCGGGCAGCAACAUCAGAAACACUCAUUGGUCCUGCCACGGGUCUUCCUGUACGACUGUUUUGCUUGAUGCGCUCUUGAAGUUCGGACCAGAGUUCCAAGAAAAAUACAUCGUCGCUCCAAUCCUGCAUUUUCCGUUCCAGAUAUUCUGCGCUCCCAUACACUCUACAAAGCCGCUCCAGACCAGCCACGCCUUCAAGGUUAGCAUCCGCACCCGUGGAGCCUUGGACCGUGCGGCCAAUUGUAGAUGUCAUCGCAAGAUAUGCCUCUAGUCCUGAUCGUAGCCUCUCAUGAAACUGAUCAAAAAUAGUGAUUUGAAUGUCAAUGAGAAAGCGCAGCUUCUGGCUGAAAGACGAUAAAGGACGGUACCGCUCCGUUAUUGUUUCAAGAAGAUCAUUGACCCGAAUCGCAGCUUUGGUCGGCUUUGUGGCCGAUGGCUCAACGCAGUAAUAAUCUAUUUCUCCGCUGUCUGCACUUUCGAUGAUAUCCUGAUAGCGUGACAAUGCAAAAUCUUUCUCCACUUUCAGCCAGUGGUUGAACCAGCCUUGUUUAACAAGAGCCUCCCAAGUUAAUCCUUUCCAGGUCUCUGACGAAUAUCUGUCCUGGGAAUAAUCCCACACGUCUCGGAUUUCGGUAUCAAAACUCAUUAAUUCAUGAAUAAAAUGGCUUAGAAGCUGGGGAUGAUCAGCAAUUCUGGGAAGAAUAGAGCUCAUCUUUUGGCGUAACAUCGGGAAAAGAGAGGUAAUGAAGGAUGACACUGCAUCAGAAUAUGACCAACGGAGAUUGUAGUCAACAAGUUCAGCUCGUCUGUCGAGUAUCGGCUGUAGAUAUAUUGCAAAAAAGUCGCUAUGUGUGUUGAUGAGGUCGAUAACGUGGGACAAAAAGUAUUCAGGCUGCCAAAGUUAGAGGAUUCCCCACAUAGGAUAAAUAUUGCGUAAUGAAGGGCGGAUACCUUGUCUAAUCUAUUUGUCGACCUAUCACCACUGAAGUGGUAUUUAAACCGGAGCUCAAGCGGACGGGCCAUCACCACGAGAGGGAGAAGAACAGGAGGUUCCCAUCGACGGGCAGACUCAGGGCUAGUAACUAAUGCGCUAUUCUCUAGUUCCCUAAAUCAAAGGUUAGAGUAAAUAUGUUCCAUAGCGCAAUAAUGGGAUUCCUUACGGCGCUUGUAGCUCCAGUAAUAAUUCAACCGCAUCCGACCACUCAUUGAUCAGGUCAUCCGAAGUAUUGAGCUCGUUACCCGGCCAUUUCAUUUUCGUGAGGACAGUUUCCAGGUUGUCAUCUAGUACUUUGGUCAUUUGAUCUCGUAGGUUUUUCGCUAUUUGCGAAGUGUAGGCGACUAUGUGAGGCGCUGCUCCUUCCGCUGCAGGCUGGGCCAACUUGAGGCCAGACGAGAUGUUUCGUAAUCGUGUAUAAGGUCGCAGUGCUAGGCGAGGCG